ACUGCUCUGAUCAAAGAAACCCCUUGGGAGGGAGGUUGAGAGGCAGGGAUUGAGAAAGCAGACGAUCCAGUAUGUUCCUGCAGCUACCAUGUGUUCAAUGACAAUUCCACCUGUGCUUUAUGCUCAUAAUAGUUGUUCUAUCCCCCUCGCUCCCUCCCUCCUUCCCCUCUUCCCUCCACCAUCCCCACCACCCCUCAGGUCCAGGCCCCACCCAGGAGGAGCUGAGGCGGAGGGUAGAGAACGGUGUGAGGGAGCUCUGGUACUUUGUCCGCAGCGAGGUGAAGAGCCUGGGCCAUGUGGAGGCCGGGGAGAGGCCCAGACAGGCUGACACCCUGCUACAAGACCUGGGACACCAACAGAGGUCUAUCAUGACAGACCUGUACUACCUCAGCCAGGCUGAUGGAGUGGGAGACUGGAGAGUGAAGGAGGCCAGGGACCUGUCUAACCUGGUGCAGAGCAGGAUCACCUACCUACAGAAUCCCCAGGACUGCAGCAAGGCACGUAAGCUGGUGUGUAACAUCAACAAGGGCUGUGGCUAUGGCUGUCAGCUGCACCACGUGGUCUACUGCUUCAUGAUCGCCUAUGGCACCCAGCGCACCCUCAUCCUGGAGUCCCACAACUGGCGCUACGCCACGGGUGGCUGGGAGACCGUCUUCCACCCCGUCAGCAACUCCUGUACCGACCGUACCGGGGUGUCUACAGGGCACUGGUCAGGUGAGGCCCAUGACAAGGACAUCCAGGUGGUGGAGUUACCCAUCGUGGAUAGCCUACACCCCCGCCCCCCGUACCUGCCCUUGUCCAUCCCGGAAGACCUAGCCCAGCGUCUACACCGUCUCCAUGGUGACCCGUCUGUGUGGUGGGUGUCUCAGUUCGUUAAAUACCUGGUGCGUCCUCAGGCCUGGCUGGAGAAGGAGAUUGCAGACACCACAGCCAAGCUGGGUUUCAAGCACCCCAUCAUAGGGGUCCAUGUUCGACGGACAGAUAAGGUGGGGACGGAGGCUGCGUUCCACCCUAUAGAGGAGUACAUGGUGCACGUGGAGGAACAGUUCCAACACAUGGCCAGACGCAUCCACGUGGACAAGAAACGAGUCUACCUGGCAACAGAUGACCCCUCACUACUGCAAGAGGCUAAGACGAAGUACCCUGACUAUGAGUUCAUCAGUGAUAACUCCAUCUCGUGGUCAGCCGGCUUGCACAACCGCUACACCGAGAACUCUCUGAGAGGAGUCAUCCUAGACAUACACUUCCUGUCCCAGACCGACUUCCUGGUCUGCACCUUCUCCUCACAGGUGUGCCGCGUGGCCUACGAGAUCAUGCAGACGCUGCACCCGGACGCCUCCUCCUUCUUCCACUCGCUAGACGACAUCUACUACUUCGGGGGCCAGAACGCCCACAACCAGAUCGCCAUCUACCCCCACCACCCCCGCAACCCCGAAGACAUACCCCUGGAGCCCGGUGACGUCAUCGGCGUGGCGGGGAACCACUGGGAUGGCUACUCGAAAGGGGUCAACCGUAAAAUGGGCCGCACUGGCCUCUACCCGUCCUACAAAGUCAAGGAGAAGAUCGAGACCGUGAAGUACCCCACGUACCCCGAGGCAGACAAGCUGCUCUCAAACUCCCAACAGAAAUGAAGAAGAAAGGGAAAGAUGAAAAUAAAAUUAGAGAAAGAGACUCUGAAUCAGUGAUAGAACAGGGGGAAAAUGAUGGUAGUGUUUAGGCUGCACUGAGAGUGUGUGUGUGUCGUGUGUGUGUGUGUGUGUGUGUGUGUGUGUGUGUGUGUGUGUGUGUGUGUGUGUGUGUGUGUGUGUGUGUGUGUGUGUGUGUGUGUGUGUGUGUGUGUGUGUGUGUGUGUGUGUGUGUGUGUGUGUGUGUGUGUAAAUUAUGGAAUCUUGCAGCUGCCACUACAUCGUCCCCGUGCACACAGAUUAUGGAGAAAAGUAUCAAUCAAACAUUGAUUUCAAACUAACCUGAAAACAAUUAAACGCCCGUAGCCGACAACGUGGAUUGGGAAUGGAACUAGCCAAUCGGGUUGAGCCUUGGAUCAAGGGCUGAAAAACAAUUAUAAACUGGAUGAAAAAAACUUGUUUUAAUUUUUUUUUAAUUAUUUUGGUGGUUCUAAUUCUAUUCUUGCCUUAUUUUUUCUCUCCUGUGUUCAUUAAAUGUACCGUAUCUUGCAUCUUCCCCUUGCCAUAUUCACUCACUGCGUUCCUCCCCUCUCCUUUCGCUCCAAUAGCACUGUCCUACAUCUUGCCUUUCAUGUGCAGUUCCUUUUAUACCACCUUAAUGGGCUUUUUAACAAGUGAUUUUAACGUGCGUGCGUCUGUUUAGGGGGCAUGACAUGAUGCCUGUCAUCAGUGAGCGGUGUCCUUAUGUCAUUAUUCCUGACUGAAUAGUUGUGUUGUGCUCUAUGAGACUGGUGGUGGUAGUUGGACCCUUAGCAGGAACUUACAACAAACUAUGAACUAUGGUGACCAAUAGUGAAGAUUGAUGAUGGUGAACAAUGUUGAUCUAUGUUGAACAAUAAUACUCUAUGGUGACCUAUGAUUACCUUUGAACUAUGAUGACCUAUAAUGAUCUACGGUGAACUACAGUGCACACAGGAGCACUCUCUAGGCUCACCAAACAAAGCACUCCACUGAGCUAAUGUCCUUUUGACAUCUCUACGUCUGUCUUAAGUCCAUCUGUUUGUUUGUUGUAUUUUUUUUGCUACUAACAUUACUGUUGGAAAUAUGAGGGGGGAACAAAGAGAUGCCUCUGUUGAAAUUGAUAAUGCUAUGUCAUAAGAGGUUUGUAAUCGACCGUGAUAAAGAACUUUGUCAUAGCUUAUGUUAUGGGGGCAGUUUCUUUGAUAACAACCACUGAUCGAAUAAACUUGACAAACCAAGUGGCACUUGUGAUGUCCCGCUCCAUCUACAUUAAAAUUAAUCCAAAAUGAUUCCACGUCUACCCUCAAACCCCCCCCAAAACUCCUUAUGAAUGAUGCUGAAUAAAUGUGUUAUGAAGGUUGGUUUGGAUGACACUGCUACUCCCACAAAGGUUGAUAUUAAUUGUUCAAUGUGAACCUACCAGGAAUGUCAUUGUCCCAAAUCAAGAUGGACUCCUAGUCAGGUGACCUAUCAUCAUCAGCUGACCAGUCACCUGACCUCAUCAAGAUGGCAAACAUUUGAUGGUUUGACAGCCAUCAGAGGACUUCAUCCAGUAUGUGUUCGUGACAUGAGUGUUAUGUACUGUAUGCCUUAACCCUUCAAGUAAAGUGUCAUCCCUUUUCCUUUAGAAGAAAGGGUCCAGCCAGAGCCAAAUAUUUAGAGAGUUGGGACAAUGCAGUUUCUGUCUAAACGUUCCGAGAGCGCUACAUUCUCCUCCGUAGCCAUUGCUUAGUGAUAACUGACGCUUUCGUGUUGUGCUGUUUAUUCUGAACGUUUUCUAAACCAAUGAAGAUGUCCAUUUGUUGACACUACAAUCAUAUCUAUAUAAACACAGUAAAGACUUGGAUACACAUGAUCCUGAAUGCUAAUCAAUAAAAACGUCUAUUGAAUUCA